AUGACGAAUACGACGACAAAGANAAGCGUUGUCGAUGAAAGAGAGACCGCUAUUGCGUUCCUACGCAAGUACGGUUACCUAGAGGACAACGUGGAUAACUCGUUGAUAUCCGAGAGCGCGUUGAAUCACGCUGUCUCGCUUUUUNAANAAUUCUAUAAUUUACCCAUAGACGGUGAAUUAAACACGGAAACGCUGCGCGCAAUGAAAAAACCGCGUUGCGGAGUUCGAGACAUCAAGACGCGUCACUCGAAUAAGGAGCAUAUAUACAAGUGGUCGANAAAUCAUCUCACAUGGAACUUUCUGUUCGCCUCUAGAGCGAAUUUACAAGUAACGGAGGCAGCGUUCGCGCUGUGGGCAGCGAAUUUCUCGCUGACGUGUACACGCAGCAUGCACAAUCUUAACAUAGUGAUUUUGUAUAAAGGUGGACGGCACAUUAUGUGGGACAAGCAUUACUCAGAUACUUUGUGUCCGUAUGACUUUNAUGGUUAA